GAAAACCUUCUUUCUCACUUUUCUCGGCUAACCAAAGACGUUUCCUAUUUUUAUGCUAACCAAAUACUUAAAAACUCAUACCUAGAAGCUUUUCCUUUACAAUAAACACAAAAUAUUCCACUUUUCACUCACUCUAUAUGAGUUAUUGGCAAUUUAGACUCCAACCAAAGCUUGAGUGUUGAGACUCAAGAAACUGCUCUUAGUUUAAAGGUGGGAAGUGAAGAAAUGAUUAGUGAAAGUUCAAUUCCUCUUAAUUAAUUAUUGGAAGGAGAAAUGAUUAGCCUAGCAUUGCUGAAUGCUAGGCAGCCAAAUGUGGUUUCAAGGCAAUGAGUUCAUACAGCAAAUUAAGACACCUACUGAAACAAAUGUACAACAAACUUUGAACAGCAUUGAGUUAACAAAUAAGCAAAUCCCUCAGCAAGAAGAAUUUACGAAGAAAGAAAACCAAUUUGAACAGAAUGGUGUUUUCAGUUCUAGCAUUAGUCCUAGCAGUUCAGAUGAUGGAUUCACAUGGAGAAAGUAUGGACAAAAGCGCGUAAAAGGGAGUAAUUUUCCAAGAAGUUACUAUAAAUGUACUCAGCAAAGUUGCCCUGUUAGGAAGAAAGUAGAGUGUGCACCAAAUGGACAGGUUAUAGAAAUUGUCUACAAUGGUGCUCAUAAUCACCCGAAAACUCAAUCUAUUCGACGACCAAAUAUGGAUAAUUCUUAUGUAAUUAGGGAAGUGGAGGAAAUAGGCCAAGAAAAUGCAUCAGUUUGGAGAAACCAGCAAUUUGAGUGUAAUAAGAAUGUUAUAAGUUACAAUGAUAAUGGUCUAAAAAGAACAUCCUCUGCAUCUGUCUUGACUGAAGUUUCUGAUCCAAUGUCAACCAAUCCAAAAUCCAUGAAUGUGUUUGAAUCAGCUGGAACUCCUGAGCUUUCUUCUACACUUACUAGUUAUGAUGGCGACGACGGAGAUUGGGCCACUCAAGAAAGUACUCUCCUUGGUGAUGAUGUCAAUGAGUAUGAAUUAGAGCCAAAAAGAAGGAAGAAAGAAAGUUAUUCAGCUGAACCAAGUUUAUUAUCAAGAACAGUGAGAGAAUCAAAAGUAGUCCUCCAGGUAGAGAGUGAGAUCGAUAUUCUUGAAGACGGCUAUCGCUGGAGAAAAUAUGGCCAAAAAGUUGUCAAAGGGAACCCAAACCCCAGGAGCUACUAUAAAUGUACCAAUGCUGGAUGCAUAGUGAGGAAGCAUGUGGAAAGGGCUUCAGAUAACUUAAAAUCAGUAAUCACAACAUAUGAGGGGAAACACAACCAUGAAGUGCCUACAGCAAACAAAACAAAUGGUGUUGCUGGACACAUUCGUUCAGCAUCCACGUUGAACGGGCAACCUAAUUGUAUGACAACUCGAAAAAGUGUCAAAGGUUCAAAUUGCAGAAUGCAAGUUCAAGAUCUUCCAUUUCCAUUCGAAAGAAAACCUUUCGUUGGAAGUGAAUAUUUAAGGCCAAGUUUUGUUGGAAGUUACCUCGGUGACUUGAGUUUUGGAGCUUGUUCAUUGCAGCUUCCGAAUUUUCCAUUGCCAUUGCCAUCGCGAAUGAGUUUUCCUGCAAGAUUAAAUGAGCCUCCUCUUGGUGACUUUCAUUUGAAUAACCAUCAUUUACUGCCAAAUGGUACAUCCAAUUCUUUUCUUGCAGUUGGGAAUAUGCAACAUAUUAACGAUGACAACAAUAAUUCAAGUCUCCUUAAAGCCAAAGAGGAGAUUCAGUGGACUUAGCUCUGUCUUACUGGCUUCUGAUGCAUCGUUCAAUAUAGAUUUUAUUCUAGUAGAUGCAUGUGCACUCACUGCUUUCGACUUAAAUAAUAUAUAUAUAGUACCAGGUUAGGGAAUAUAUGUAUUUAUACUAUCAGGGUGUCACCAGACGAUUCUAUGACACAACAAAUAUAACUUCAAUGACCAGGCAUAAGAAGGAGAAUUUGAAUCUAAACAUAAAAAAACCUUGAAUGAGAUCCAAAUCAGAAUAAUAUGGCACCUAUCACCAGGGGCGGCUCAAUAAAUUUGGGGGCCUAAAGCGCAAACUUCUGCGCGAGUUCUUUUUAAGGAUAUUUAUACAAUUAGCCGAACACAAUCACUAUUUAUUUUUUC